AGAACAGGAAGCUUGAUUUCAUUGCGGGUGCUGACCGCAACAGUGGUUCUCAGUGUAAUGUUUCAGUUACAGUUAUACUCUGAUAAUCAUUCUUUCAAUGAAAGACACCUGGAUACAUUUGGAUCGAGCGUAAGUGGUGAUUUUGGAGCUCGAUCCAGAAUUUCUCAAAUUGUCUGUUUCAACACAAAUUCCAUUAAUUAAAAGCAAAAGUUAUCGUCAUAAAAAUGGCUGAUUUCUUAGACUCAGAAGCAGAGGAGAGUGAGGAGGAAGAGGAGUUAGACGAUAACGAGAAAAAAAAACUCAAAAAAAUAAAAGCUGUGGAAGAAAGUGAGGAAGAAGAAGAGGAAGAUGAUGAAGAUCGCUUGAGAGAGGAGCUUAAAGACCUGAUAGAUGACAAUCCUAUAGAAGAGAGCGAAGGGGAAGAUAGCGACGCUUCUGGUGGAUCUAAGAAGCGGAAAAAGAGCGACGAUGAAGAUUUCGACGAUCGUUUAGAAGACGAAGAUUAUGACCUGAUUGAAGAAAAUUUAGGAUUUAAAGUUGAAAGGAAACGUUUCAAACGCCUCCGCAGGAUUCAAGAUGAGGAAUCCGAGGAGGAACAGGAAAAAGAGGUGGAUGAUGAUAGAGAUGCGAUCGCGAACGAGCUUUUCGAAGGCUCUGGAGAUGAAAGAGAAGUCACCAUGGAGGAUGAGAGGAGAAGCGAGCGCAGUCACAGACCCGAAUUGGAAACGUUCGACGAAGAAGGAAGCGAAGGGGAAUACACGGAUGAGGAUGAUUUUAUCGUUGACGAUGACGGUAGACCGAUUGCUGAGAAACGUAAAAAGAAAAAGCCAAUAUUCUCCGAUGCUGCUUUGCAAGAAGCCCAAGAUAUCUUCGGUGUCGAUUUUGAUUACGAUGAGUUUGGUAAAUACGGUGAGGAGGAUUACGAGGAGGAGGAGGAAGAAGAAGAAGAAGAGGAAGAUGAAUAUAUGGACGACGAGGACGCCGAAAGGCCAAGAAGACCCAAAAAACAAUUGAAGAAGAAAACUACGAGGAAAAGCAUUUUCGAAAUUUAUGAACCUAGCGAGCUUAAACGCGGUCAUUUCACCGACAUGGAUAAUGAAAUACGUAAUACCGAUAUACCAGAAAGAAUGCAGCUCCGUUCGGUUCCUGUUACACCAGUUGCCGAAGGUUCCGACGAGUUAGAUCUCGAAGCAGAAUGGAUCUAUAAACAAGCGUUUUGUCGGCCAACUAUAUCGAUUCAGGACUCGCAUUUAAAUGCCGAAGCCAAGGAAAGAGCUCGAAAAGGGCCUCAAACGAUCGGCAAAAUCAAGAAAGCUUUAGACUUUAUGCGAAAUCAACAUUUCGAGGUUCCUUUUAUAUCAUUUUAUAGAAAAGAAUACGUUCUUCCGGAAUUGAAUAUCAACGAUCUUUGGAAAGUGUAUAAAUUCGAUGCGAAAUGGUGUCAGCUUCGUCAGAGGAAAGGAAACUUAUUAAAAUUAUUUGAGAAAAUGAGAAACUAUCAGCUGGACGAGAUUAUGAAAAAUCCUGAUGCACCUUUAGCUGAUAACGUGCGAGUAAUUAAAGACGACGACAUAGAACGGCUGAAGAACGUGCAAACCAGCGAAGAAUUGAACGAUGUUUAUCAUCAUUUCAUGUUGUACUACAGUCACGAAGUUCCAGCUAUGCAGGAAGCUGCUCGAAAAAAGGAGAAAGAAGCUAGAAAAGAGGCGAGGAUUCAAAAACGAAAGCAAGAAAUUCUAGACGCGGAAGAGAAUGGCGAGCCUCCACCAGAGGAGGAAGUAGAAGUUGAAGAAGAAGACGAAGGAGACGAUACGUUGAAACAGGCGGUACGAAGUGGUCCAUAUUCUAUCUGCAGGCGAGCUGGUCUCGAUAGUCUCGCAAAGAAAUUUGGUCUUACUCCCGAACAGUUUGCUGAAAAUUUACGAGACAAUUACCAGCGACACGAAGUAGAUCAAGAACCUACGGAACCUUUGACCAUCGCCAACGAAUACUGUAGUCAGAUUCUCCCCACACCGGAGGAAGUACUAAAAGCAGCACAAUUAAUGGUAGCAAUUCAAUUAGCGCGCGAACCUUUGGUAAGAAAAUGUGUCAGGGAGAUGUACAUGGAAAGAGCAAAAAUAUCUGUGAAGCCAACGAGAAAAGGGAUCAAAGAAAUCGAUGAGAAUCAUCCGAUUUAUGGAAUGAAAUAUUUGAAAGACAAACCCGUGCGGGAUUUGGUCGGCGAUCAGUUUCUAAACUUGAUGAUAGCUGAAGAGGAUAAAUUGAUAACGAUCACGUUGAGCGACAGCAUCGAAGGGAAUACAAGCAACAAUUACGUGGACGAAACUAAGCAGCUCUAUUACAGAGACGAGUUCAGUAAAAACGUUCAAGAUUGGAAUGCUUUGCGAGUUGGAAGCGUCGAGACAGCGCUCACGCGCAUGGUUAUACCGGGCUUGAAGAAGGAACUUAGAACAAAUCUUACAGCAGAAGCCAAGGAAUGCGUGAUGAGAGCCUGUUGUCGCAAAAUGUACAAUUGGAUCAAAGUUGCCCCGUACACCUGCGAAUUUCCCGAGGAGGAGGACGAGGAAUGGGACACCGGGAAAGGGUUGCGGGUUAUGGGUUUAGCAUACGUUCCGGAUUACUCUCAAGCCGCGUUCACCUGUCUGAUCGCCCCGGACGGAGAGUGCACGGAUCACUUGAGACUUCCCCAUUUAAUGAAACGGAAGAAUAGUCACCGGGAGGACGAGAAAACGAUGAAGGAGGCAGACCUGUUGGCGAUUCGGAAUUUCAUAGCGACUAAAAAGCCACACGUUGUGGUGAUAGGCGGUGAGUCGCGGGAGGCGAUGAUGAUCGCCGCCGAUGUUAAAGAAUGUAUCGCGAAUCUAGCGGAGGAGGAGCAGUUCCCUUCGAUCCAGGUGGAGAUCUGCGACAACGAGCUCGCGAAAAUCUAUUCGAACAGCAACAAGGGUGUAUCAGAAUUUCGGGAUUAUCCAGAAUUACUGCGGCAGGCUAUCUCGCUGGCCAGAAGAAUGCAAGAUCCUUUGGUGGAAUUUUCUCAAUUAUGCACAGCGGACGAGGAGAUAUUAUGUCUCAAGUAUCACGGUUUGCAGGAUCAACUACCGAAGGAGGAGCUUCUGGAUAAUAUAUAUUUGGAAUUCGUGAACCGCGUGAACGAAGUUGGCGUGGACGUAAAUAAAGCGGUGCAACAAGCCUAUUCCGGUAACUUGGUACAAUUUGUCUGCGGAUUAGGUCCGAGGAAGGGGCAAGCGUUGAUCAAGAUGCUGAAGCAAACUAAUCAGAGGUUAGAGAAUAGAACGCAACUUGUCACCGCUUGUCACAUGGGUCCUAAGGUGUUUAUUAACUGCGCGGGUUUUAUCAAGAUAGAUACGAACAGCUUAGGGGACAGUACCGAGGCGUACGUAGAGGUGCUAGACGGCUCGAGGGUGCAUCCAGAGACGUACGAAUGGGCGAGGAAAAUGGCAGUCGACGCUUUGGAAUACGACGACGAGGACGCUAAUCCCGCAGGUGCUCUCGAGGAGAUUCUCGAGUCCCCUGAACGAUUGAAGGAUCUUGAUCUGGACGCGUUCGCGGAGGAGCUCGAGAGGCAAGGUUUCGGGAAUAAAUGCGUCACAUUGUACGACAUCAGGGCGGAAUUGAAUUGUAGAUACAAGGAUCUGCGCGUACCGUAUCAGUCGCUCAGCGCGGAGAGAUUGUUCGACAUUCUAACGAAAGAAACGCCGGAAACGUUUUACGUUGGCAAACUGGUGUUGGCGACGGUAGUAGGAAUAAGUCACAGGAAGCCACAGGGCGACCAACUGGACCAAGCUAAUCCUGUGAGGAACGACGAAACGGGUUUGUGGCAAUGUCCGUUUUGUCUGAAGAACGAUUUCCCUGAAUUGUCGGAAGUGUGGAAUCAUUUCGACGCCGGGGCUUGUCCUGGCAAAGCUACCGGCGUUAGGCUCAGACUGGACAACGGUAUAUCCGGUUAUAUUCACAUAAAGAAUUUGUCCGACAGACACGUUGCGAAUCCUGAGGAGAGAGUGAGCAUAGGGCAAAUAAUACAUUGUCGGAUAAUUAAAAUCGAAGUAGAACGAUUCAGCGUCGAAUGUACGAGUAAAAGCAGCGAUCUCGCUGACAAGAAUCACGAAUGGAGACCGCAGAGAGAUCCGUUCUACGAUACGGAUUCGGAACAGAAAGAUGUUAAAGUCGAGGAAGACGCGAAGAAAGCGAAACAACGUCAGACAUACGUGAAACGAGUAAUCGUUCAUCCUUCUUUCCACAAUAUCAGUUUCGCCGAAGCUGAGAAAUUGAUGCAGAGUAUGAAACAGGGAGAGGCGAUAGUUCGACCAAGUAGCAAGGGUGCGGAUCAUUUGACGGUCACUUGGAAAGUGACCGAUCAAAUUUAUCAGCAUAUUGAUGUAAGGGAGGAAGGUAAAGAGAAUGCCUUCUCCCUGGGACAAAGUCUCUGGAUCGGAAACGAGGAGUUCGAGGACUUGGAUGAAAUAAUCGCGAGACACGUCAAUCCGAUGGCUGCGUACGCCUCGGAAUUAUUGGACUUUAAAUAUUACAAGUCCACGGUUGAAGGUAUCAAAGAUAAAGCAGAGGAAAUACUGAAGGAACAGAAGAAAGAAAAUCCUGGAGGAAUACCGUACAUAAUAUCUGCCGCUAAGAAUUAUCCUGGAAAAUUUCUUUUGUCUUAUCUUCCCCGAACUCGAUGUCGACACGAGUACGUAACAGUGUCUCCGGAAGGAUUCCGGUUCAGAGGGCAAAUGUUUGGACGAGUAAACGACCUGUUUCGAUGGUUCAAGGAACAUUUUCGUGAUCCAGUACCUGGACAAUCUACUCCAAGUACUCCGCGUGGUGCAAUCACUUCCAGAACUCCUUACCAUACCACUCCAGGUGCAGUAAGCGGAAUGAACCAAGAAGCUAUACAAAGAGUGGCACAAAAUCUUCCUCAUCACAUGUUGCAUUCUUUAUCGCAAGUAGCGAAUCAGACUCCCCAUCACUAUCCUCCGCAUACACCAGGAACAGCGAGCGCGACUGGAUACGGUGGAGUUCAUACUUAUCCCAAUACACCUUACACACCUUCUGGUCAAACACCUUUCAUGACUCCAUACCAGACACCGCAUCAUACACCGCAUCACGGUCAACCAACUCCUAGAUACGGUCAGCAAACGCCCAAUCAUCAGCAAGGUCCAUUCGUUCAUCCGCCUCCUCCUGCAGGGGUGACCACUCCAGGUCAUCACAGAUCUACUCCGUCUCACAGACCUACUCCUCCUAUGUCGGCAGCCGGAGAUUCUACGGACUGGAAAAAAGCAGCGGAAGCAUGGGCACGAUUAAAAAGCGGUCCCCGAGUCACUGGCUCUACUCCAAGAUACGACGAUUGUAGAAAGACUCCACGAAACUACGAGGAAUCGGUUGGUAAAACAACCCCACGCAAUAGAACUUCAACGCGAACUCCAUCUUACAAGUCUCCUCGGGGUACACCGCAUACCAAUUCUAGUCCACGGAGUAUGUCUCUCAGCGGAGAUGGUACUCCUUUAUAUGAUGAAAGCUAACGAAUUCGUUUUCACCAUAAUAUAUCCUGUUUUUUUUUUCUUUUUUUUUUCUGUUAUAUCAAACGAUAUAGAAAAAUACCAGAGGAAUCUAGAAGAGAAUCGAGAAUUACAUUGCUCUGAAAAAGUGCUCUUAUCUUUCAGCACUAAUAGAAUUGUAUAAAAAAUCAAAAAUGCCGAUCCCAUUUAUCAAAAAAUAAUAAUAAUAUACAGAUUCCUACCUGAUUUUCAACCUCUUACACGUUUAUAUAUUUCGAUAAACGAUAAAAUAACAUUCUUGCAUACACGAGUGACAUGCAAUUAGGUCACUACAUACCCUCGAUUCUCUUUAAAAGAUGUGCAUUAAGUACGAUUUGAAAAAUCGUCUUUGAAAUUGACUUACAUAUUUAUUUUUUGCAAUAACAAUGUAUACUAAUUCUAUGCCUUGGUAUAUAUAUAUAUAUAUAUAUAUAUAUAUAUACAUAUGUAUAACAUAUUUUUCUUCCAUUUUAAUUUUAUCGAUAUUAAGUUGUUGUAAAGUUCUUAUGUUACUGACUUAGGAAUGCAACGUGUUUCUUAUAUGCUUUAUACAACUGUUAAAUUACACGAUGAAAUAAUAAAACAAUUUUAUCUUA